AUGGCAAUGGCAGCUGCUCUCCCGCUCAUCUCCUUCCUCCUCAUCGUCGUCGCCGCCACCGCCACGUCUGCAGGCUCGGCGGCCACCAUAUUCCCCAGAGAAGCCCUGCCGACCAAGCCCGGCUACCUCCCGAUCCCCGUGGACAAUGCAUCUCUCUACUACGCCUUCUACGAGGCCACUAGCCCGCUGACCCCGCUGGCCUCCACGCCGCUCCUCGUCUGGCUCGAGGGCGGACCCGGCUACUCCUCCUUCGUCAGCAACUUCUUCCAGAUCGGCCCCUACGUCUUCCCCAUCGCCACCGGCAGCGCCAGCAGCUCCAACACAUCCUCCUCCGCUUCCGCGUUCCCCUUGUCGCCCAACCCCUACGCGUGCAACCGCCGCUUCGGGCUCCUCUUCCUCGAGAGCCCGCUCGGCACGGGCUACAGCCCAGCGCCGUCACCCUCCGCCAUCCCCACGUCCCAGCCCGUCGUCGCGGAGCACGUCCUCGCGGCGCUCCGGUCCUUCCUCUCGUCCCAGUCGCCGUCCUUCCGCGCCCGCCCGCUCUUCCUCACCGGCGAGAGCUACGCCGGCAAGACCAUCCCCACUGUCGGCGCGCUCAUCCUGGCCACCAACCCGGCUCUCCCCCAACGACAGAGGAUCAACCUGCGCGGCGUGGCCAUCAGCAACGGCUUCGUGCACCCUGUGGCGCAGGUGACGACGCACGUCAACGUCCUCUACUCCGCGGGCCUCAUCGGCGCGAAGCAGCGGCGUGAAGCCGAGGCGCUGCAGGCGGAGGCGGUGGCGCUGGCCAUCGUGGAGCGGUGUCGCGAGGCGGCGGACUCGCGCGAGCGCGUGCUGUCGUGGCUGAGAAACGCCACGGGGCUGUCCUCUCUGUUCGACGUGGCGGUGGACACGCCCCGGGAGGCCCUGGCCGCCGGCGCCGCCGAGAAAAUGUUGACCACACAGACAAAUGGCUGCUAA